CUUCUGUUUUCAGGUCUGGAUUCAGUCAGAUUGGAUACGUAGUAUUGACCUAUCUUGAAGCGCAUUGGCUUUUACUGCUGUCAUUUCCUUUCUGCUAUCCAGCUCACACAGAGGAACAGCACAGCAUGCUGGGCUCUGGAUUUAAAGCUGAGCGUUUACGAGUUAAUUUGAGAUUAGUCAUAAACCGUCUUAAACUAUUGGAGAAAAAAAAAACGGAACUGGCCCAGAAAGCAAGGAAAGAGAUUGCUGACUAUCUGGCUGCUGGGAAAGAUGAACGAGCUCGAAUCCGAGUGGAGCACAUUAUUCGAGAAGACUACCUUGUGGAGGCCAUGGAGAUCCUGGAGCUGUACUGUGAUCUGCUGCUGGCUCGGUUUGGCCUCAUCCAGUCUAUGAAGGAGUUAGAUUCUGGUCUGGCUGAAUCUGUGUCUACACUGAUUUGGGCUGCUCCUCGACUCCAGUCAGAAGUGGCUGAGUUGAAAAUUGUUGCUGAUCAACUCUGUGCCAAGUAUAGCAAGGAAUAUGGCAAGUUAUGUAGGACCAACCAGAUUGGAACUGUGAAUGACCGGCUAAUGCACAAACUGAGUGUGGAGGCCCCACCCAAAAUCCUGGUGGAGAGAUACCUGAUUGAAAUUGCCAAGAACUACAAUGUGCCCUAUGAGCCUGACUCUGUGGUCAUGGCAGAAGCUCCUCCUGGAGUAGAUACAGAUCUUAUUGAUGUUGGAUUCACAAAUGAUGUGAAGAAAGGGGGCCCUGGAAGAGGAGGUGGGGGCAGAUUCACAGCACCAGCUGGUGGACCUGAUGGAACAGUGCCAAUGCCCAUGCCCAUGCCAUCUCCAAACACUCCUUUCUCAUACCCUCUUCCAAAGGGACCAUCGGAUUUCAAUGGAUUGCCAAUGGGAACUUAUCAGGCCUUUCCCAAUAUUCAUCCACCUCAGAUACCAGCAACUCCCCCAUCGUAUGAAUCUAUCGUUGGCCCUGGACCCAAGCCAGAAGCUUCUGCAAAGCCCCCUUCCAGACUGGAUACCUAUGACAACUUUGUACUGCCUGAAUUGCCAUCUGUGCCAGACACGCUACCAACUGCAUCUGCUGGUGCCAACACCUCAGCCUCUGAAGACAUUGACUUUGAUGAUCUUUCCCGGAGAUUUGAAGAGCUGAAAAAGAAAACAUAGGCUUCAUAAACCAGGCAAGGUCCACGUUCUGGGAAUUGAGA